AUGCAGGCAGAGAAUGUGCACACUUUCGGCUCGAGCGAGUGGGCACAGGCCUUUCUCUACCCUCUCAUGUCGCGCUUCAAGAGCGUCGACCCCAAAGCGCAAGGUCCAGCCGCCACGAUGUCGCCGGCUCUGAACGAGAAGGAGUUGCGCGCGAUCUGCAAGCAGCUAGCUGAACUGGUCACUGACGUCUGUGACUGGGCUGCUCCACGUCCUGGCAAUGUCUGGAACCUGGACAGAAUUGAAGCGAAGACAAAGGCUGAGCUUCACGAUGGUCCGCCCGAUCAAAGUUUACGAGAUCUCGUGGUCAAGCUUCAGGCCCUUCGAUAUCGGUACCAAGACUAUGAGGAAGUCGCGAAGGCAGCUCAAGCGCUGAAACGCCUCCGGAAAGUAUCUGAUGAUUCGAGUGUGGAGGGUGCUACGGCAUCGGGUGGCAUGCCACCGGAGCGCGAGUCCACACUCACUGCAGGAGGAGCGGGAGAGCCUGCUGCGGCGACUACUACUACUUCAUCCACAGUACGCGCACCGUCGAGGAUCAUGCCGCCGAGGAGUGACUCCACAUUCAUCGCAGGAGGAGCGGGAGAGCCUGCUGUGGCGACCACCACCACCACCUCAUCCACAGCGCGCGCUCCAUCGAGGACCAUGCCGCCGAGGAGCGACUUCACAUUCAACGCAGAAGGAACACAAUGGCCUGCUGAGAGCCCUAGCAUCCCGACCGCUGGCGCGACCACUACCACUCCCACUUCCACAUCUCCAGCGCCACCAACAAUGGCUGCAAACCCUGUCCCAGCCUCUGAUCACAACACCUCGAACUCUCAGGACAAACAAGCCGCGCCAUCCAUCACUCAACCAAGCCCCAACGCGGCCAAUUCAUCAUCAGCCGCUCAUUCCCCGGCCGAUACCAUCCUAGCAGCAAAAGGAGACUUCUUCAGAGGCUGGGAGACCAAGCAACUCGGAACCAAUCUCCUAAACAAGUUCGGCAGAUCCCGCAUGGCCAAGAGCAACUACACCAGAGCGGUGCUGCUUCAGGACCUCAAAGUCAUGGCUCGAGACCUUAACUGGAUCCCAGAAUGGAUCACAGAUCCUGAGACCGGCGAGUGGAACGAUGCUAUGACUGAGAGAGAAUGCGAGGAUGCCUACGUCACGAAGAAUCUUUGGCUCGAUGUCCGGAAGAGGGUGGGGUUGAAGUUCAAGGACGGGGAAGAUGGAGUGGGAAGAGACGACUUCGCCAAGGCUUGGAUGGCGUUGAAGAAGCUGAUUGCGGCGUGCAAGUACGAUGGCCCUGAGCUUGACAAGGGGAAGACCAGGAAGAUUUAA